AGAAAAGGAGCAUUUUUACUAAAAGCAGCGCCUCAUUGCUGAGACCAAGCACUAGACGUAAUAAAACUUGAAGGUUGUGUCAUUUCUGUUUCAUUCACGCACAACCAAGGCACGUGUAUUCCGACACAUGUCGUAAGACCCGACCAACGAAGCGAGGGGUGCUCGCAUGCGCAGCUGGGCAGCGCCAUACCUUGGAAUUUAAAGCGCUCUUUCAAUCGAUACAAAUGCAACUCUCCACCUUCAACAUUCCUUCAUCAGGUUGACGGAUAAUUUAUUGGAGUCGAGAUGUCCCCGUCCGCUGUGGUUAUACCAGUCAUCUACAUGGCUCUCUCUGCCUGGCAGGUGAGUGCUGAUGAGGAUUGCCUGUGGUACGUUGACAAGAACGGCACCUGGCACAACGGCUUCGACUGCCCACUCUUCACCUUCUGCUGCGGGAACUGCCACCGACGCUACUGCUGCCUGGACGGCUUAAAGAUGAUCACAGAGCGAGUACAGAAGCGUUGCAUGCUCUUCCAUCUCAGCCCCUCCACCAUAGCAGGCAUUGCGUCAUCCAUCCUGCUCUUUGUUGCUGCCAUCGCGACCAUGGUCUGCUGUUUCAUGUGCUCCUGCUGCUACCUGUACCAGCGACACCAGCAGCGAGGCAGAACACCAUACGAAGCCCAGCAGAUACCAAUGGCCAGUUACCCUGUGGAGCCAAUGUAUGAUGCUUAUGGAAAACCUGGGUACCCCGGCUAUCCAGUAGCACCGCAGUAUCCUGGUAUGCCGCCACAAAACCUCAUGAUGGCGCAGGGGACUUAUCCUCCAUAUCUUCACACCGAUCCAGGCUACAAUCAAGGAGCUCCUCCACCAUAUUCUCCUCCACAGAACCCGGGUCACUGAGACUUCCUCCAGUAAGGAGAGCACAGCGCAGCCUAGUGGCUUGCCUGGGACACUACUGUCAAGGAGUCCCUUGAAUAACCACUGGCACUUUUACAUUUUAUUUAUUGUAUUUAUUUCUUGAAUGAUCUCCAGAGUGAAGAGUGAAUGGCCUGGGUGUGCUUUAUGCACAAGUGAGUUGCAGUGUAAAGCACAGCUGACACGUCAUAUUUUGUGUUCCCGUAAGCACCUGACUCACCAAUUGACAGAUCCUCAUUCAUCUGACGUCGCAUGCUACGUAGUCAUUGUUUUCCAUUGAACAUUUGCAAGAAAGACAUUCAAAUUUUGAUGUUUUUAUUACUGGCACUCUUGGCUGCAGGGUGAUGGAGCAUUUCGUUUGUUUCAUUGGCACUGAAUUCUAUUUAUACUUGUUCUGGUAGACAAAUUGUCUGUACAGACACAUCAAUAAAAAGUCCAGGUUAGAAAGCAUGUCAUCUACAGUAGACUCCAAUAUAUAAUAUUCUGCACCGCAUGAGAAUUAAUGUCUGCCAGUCAGACAGAAAGAUUUGAUGGAUAUUAGACAUAAUUUAGAUAAGUCUUACAUUACUUUGUUCUAUAUUGCUGUCUUCAUGUUCAUGUUUUUAAUUAAUAUUGGCAGUUUUGAGGUGUACAUUCUAUUUAGAUGCCAGCCCUUUGUUAACUGUAACUGGCUUAUGUUGCCUAACCUAAUUCCGAUGGUCCCUUACCUAAUCGACUUAUUUUGCCUUUGAAGGGGUCAAUAAACUGACUUCCAUAAGGUUUGUUAACAAGUUUGUUAAUGUUUGCUUACAUCCUUUCUAUAGAUUAUUAUUUUAAUGGUGUAUGGUGAUUUACUCAUGUCAUAUCUCUGGUAUUUCAGGGUUUUCUAAACUGCAAUUUUGAUAUAUACCGAGAUACUUCAGUGUCUAAGAGUUUGCCACGUUUCAUGAACUUCUGGAUAAAGACUCUUUUGGAUCAUUACCAUUUCUGGUUGAAGCAUUAGAGGAAUUUUUAGCAUUUCAUGUAAUGUUUCAGAGUAAUGAGUUCCAAAGAAGUGGGUUUGUUGUAAACAGGAAUUUAAGUAAAAAUAUUUCAGAAUCCGUUUAUGUGUACUGUGAUUUAAGUAAGAAUUACUGCUUCCUCGCAUUAUUGCCAUAAACACCAGGCUAAACUGGCAGUUAUUUGUAGUUUCCCUUUGGAUACAGCUUUAGUAGUACAGUGAAUACCGAACUACCACAUCCAGUUGUGACAGUUUGUGUUUAGUUUAAAUUACCUGUGCUUUAAUGCAAAUAGCCUGUAAUAUAUUGCAAAAGUCCUUUUUGCAUAAUUGUUCAUUUAUUUAUCACUUUUGAAUGUGAAGUGAAAGUCUGAUGGUCUGUAUCGGAGAUGGCCAUAGGUGUGUUUUAUGUAACAAAACCAUAAUCAUUUUACUCUUAGAGUGAUGCAAAACUACUAGUGUUAGAAAUUAAAUUCUUGCCUUUAUAAGAGACGUCUAAUCUAACAGACUAAAAUGGAAGUAUUAUAUUGCAUAAUUCACUUUUACAAUAAAAACCUUUGGUCUUUUAUAUCUUA